UGAUUACUAAUUCCAAACGCCGAGCGGGAAAGGCUAGUCGCGAUGCUGUCCGCCUUGUGAGCGGCUACGUGGAUAAACGGGUCCACAGAUGGUGCAAUGGCAGUAAAAUCAGCAAUAAAAUUGAUUAAAAUUCCACUUCUGCACAAUAACAUAGUGUGCACUCGUUACAUCUGGAUGAUUAACGGCGCAGUGGGCGCUCAUCCAGGUUGCAAGUGCAAAGCGUUCAUCGCUUUCUCGGACCUGGAAAGUGAUGUGACUGACCACCAGAGGAAGGUCGCCGUGUUGACUAGCUUCCACUGCACAGAGCCUAAUGCAAUGGCUGCAAGAGGUAUUCCAAGGCUGUUCGUUGGAAAUUUGCCAUGGACCAUUGGUCGGAAGGAAUUGCGCGACUACUUUUCCCAGUUUGGUCAGAUUCAAGCGGUGAAUGUGUACUAUGAUAAAGAGACGGGAGUAAGCCGCAAUUUUGGCUUCAUACAGUUUGGCAGCCGAGAAGGUUAUCUAAACUCAGCACGCGAAACGAACCACUUUUUGGAAGGAAACCGGUUGACUGUGUCAGAUAUGAACAUUGCCGGUUCUGUUUUGCGGACACCUAAUCAGAAGCAAAAUUUUCGAGAGAGACCAACCAAUUCUUCCACUGGAAGCGGACAAACAGGCGCUAAAAGACCUUCUACCAAUAUCAGCCAGAUUUUUGCCACAAGCAAAGGCGAUCCUGUUGUUUGAACGGUUGUAGACAGCUAAGUUUGUUGCUAUUGAUAAUAGCGUUACUUUUUAGACUAUUAGUUUGAAAUCGACAGUGUAUUCAGUACUUACUGUGCUUGUAUAGUUAUCCGUUUGCUGUGUAGACUGACGGCUCUGUUGGAAAUUUGUAUUUAUGAAGUGUCGGUGUUUUUGGGCUCUCGCGCAUCGGUUUUCUUUGGGAAUAAAGAUUAACUCAUGC